AUCAAUUCUUCAUUGAGCAAAUAUAACAUAGUACGGUCGAAAUGAGUUGACAAGACCUAUUAAUAUGUUAUUAUGUUACUUAUAAAUUUUCAAACAGGGAUGUUGCCAAUCACCAUUGUUUAUAGAUAAUCUAAAUUAUUCAAUGAUAUGAUCGAUAUAUCUGAAUCUCUACAAAUGUAAUAAAGUACCGGUAAAAGUGCAAAAUCUAUUUCGACAUUUUUUAGAAUUGAAAGUACACAGCAGAAGCAGACCAGCUGGUACACAACAUUCACCACAUGUCCACCGGAUUUUUUUAUGUUAGGUUAUAGGCUGAGGUGCAAACAAUUUUCUUAACUCGAAUUUAAAUGGAUUAUUCAUGUAGACCGAAAGAUCAAGACUGUACAACUUCAUUAUUAUCUCAAACUCCUUGUCAACUAUCGAUAAAUAAUACCGAGUAUAUCCUGAAAACUCUUAGAGAACUCUAUGAAGAUCAGCGAUUUUUCGAUAUUUUCUUAAAAGUUGGUAAUAAAGAAUAUGGGGCUCAUAAACUGAUCCUCAGUGCGUCAAGCGAUGUCUUUCAGGUAAUGCUAAUGAAUACUAAUUGGAGUGAAAGCCAUAAAAAAGAAAUAAAUCUCGUGGAAGAACCCCAAUGUCAAAAAUGUUUCCACUUAUUUUUGAAAUACAUGUAUACUGGACAAUUGAUGAUAACACACACCAAUGUACAGCCAAUUUUAUCUUUAGCUGAUAAAUAUAUGGUCAAGAGUUUAUCCCGAUUAUGUUUGCAAUAUAUGUACGAUCAUGUGUCACAUGCACCAUCUCACAAUCAGUUGUUUUCCUGGCUACAAUACCUUCAAUCAAGUGGUCAUGAACAAAUGGCCAGUGUUUGCGAAGAAUUUAUCAAACUAAACUUUCAAGACGUUUCUGAAUCAGCAGAUUUUUCGAAUUUGGACAUUGAAAACAUGAUGUUACUUUUGAAAAAAGAUGAUUUGGUGAUUCAUGACGAAGCUGCACUCUACAACUGUGUCGUUAAAUGGUUAAAAUUGCAAAAAUCAAAGUUGGAGGAAGAAAAUAUAAAAUAUGAGUUGGGAAAUGAAGAUCUAGAAAUGAAAAAAGGCUUGGAAAUUGCAGAAUAUAUGAAAUAUUUAGCUGAACUGGUGAUGCAAUACAUAAGAUUUCCCAUGAUGAAACCAAGGGAGAUUGCAAAUGUACUGCGUUGUCCGUUAGUGAGAAAAUAUAAAGAUUUUUUAUUGGACAGGUUAUCGAUGGGAGCUGAAUUGCAUUGUGGAAAUAGAGAAAAUAUCACCGAUGCUUGGCUUGAAGAGAAUAAAGAACUUAUUCAACCUCGUUUAUAUACUUCUGAAAACUGCAGUGCUAUUAUAUGGAUUGAAGAUUAUACUCUCCUUCCUAAAUUUCACAAGAUAUCUUCUCAGUUUCAGUCCGACUCUACAGUAUUUGAAACUCGUCAGUUGCACAAAAAUGGGUGGGAGGCGUUUUUUUAUCCAAAAGGUGUUUUGUACGAUCCCUGUUACCUACUCGUUUGGCAAGGACGAUUUGAAGUACCAGAGAAGGCUGUGUCUACAGUAAGAAUGAGGAUAUGUUGUACUAAAUUGGUCAAGCCAGGGAAGUUCAAAUUUUCAAUUUUAGUUUUCGGAGUUAAAGAAAAGGUUGAACAUAUUAUAAAAGUUAAAAGUGAAAUCCACGAUAUAACUGAUGUAGGUACAAGCAUUAACAUAGACGAAAUCGUGCCAUUUGAAGUGUUAAACCCUCCUAAUAAUGAAAAACAGAAUAAUCCCAGGGAUUCAUUCUUGAUAGGUAUGCAAAGUAAAACACUGAAGGUUCAGGUUAUCGUGAUGCCAGUUCAUCCAUUGAAUUUUACAAAAGUUGUAUAAAUAUUUGGAGCAUUUAGACAAAAUGUUGAACAUCUCAUUAUUUACAUUGAAGAAAUUUGUUUAUUAUUUUUUGACUAUAUUGUAUUUGAUACAACAAUAAUUGUUUUUCAUU